CUGAUUCGAGUCCCCGCCGCGCUUGUCGCCGCCGCCGUGAGCCGCAGCCCCGUGCCAUGGAGCCGGCCGCGGGCGUGGAGCGCCGCAACACCCCGGGGCCCGCCGUCCGGUCGCCGCCCCGGGGCCACGCGCCCUUGGCUGCCGCCCCCGGCCCGCUGAGCUCCCCGGAGCGCGAGCCGCCGCAGCCCGAGGAGGAGCGGCAGGUGCGGAUCAGCGAGAGCGGCCAGUUCAGCGACGGGCUAGAGGACCGAGGCUUACUCGAAAGCAGCACCCGACUGAAGCCCCACGAAGCUCAGAACUACAGAAAGAAGGCGUUGUGGGUGUCCUGGUUCUCCAUUAUUGUCACCCUGGCGCUCGCGGUGGCUGCCUUUACUGUCUCCGUUAUGAGGUACAGCGCCUCUGCUUUUGGGUUUGCAUUUGAUGCCAUCCUUGACGUCCUGUCGUCGGCGAUUGUCUUGUGGCGUUACAGCAAUGCGGCCGCUGUGCACUCUGCCCAUAGGGAGUACAUAGCCUGUGUCAUCUUGGGGGUGAUAUUUCUUCUGUCAUCCAUAUGUAUAGUGGUCAAAGCCAUCCAUGACCUCUCAACUAGGCUGCUCCCAGAAGUGGACGAUUUCCUGUUCAGUGUCUCCAUUUUAAGUGGGAUUCUUUGCAGCAUCCUGGCUGUGUUGAAGUUCAUGCUGGGGAAGGUUCUGACCAGCAGAGCUCUCAUAACAGAUGGGUUUAACUCCCUCGUGGGCGGCGUGAUGGGCUUCUCCAUUCUUCUGAGUGCAGAAGUAUUCAAGCACAACGCCGCAGUCUGGUACCUGGAUGGCAGCAUAGGGGUGCUGAUCGGCCUCACCAUAUUUGCCUAUGGGGUCAAACUCCUCAUCGACAUGGUGCCGCGGGUGAGGCAGACACGUCACUAUGAGAUGUUUGAGUGAAGGGGCCAGCAGGGCUAGUGCGGGCUGCUCUGCAUGAGAGAGACCAUCGAGAUGACCAGAGGUUUCCACAUGGGCCACGGGUGCCAAUAUUUAACUGAACAUCCAGUUUCUUUGUUGGACGUUUUCUUUCACACGGUUUGUCGUCACAGGGCAAGGUCUGCCCAGCAGGUGGAUCUACCCUGUCCCCCUCCUCUGCUGUCUCUCCCCUACCCCCGGUCAGUUAGGACAACACCCUUAGGAGUGGACACUUUCUCCUCUUCAGCUGGGACUGACAUUUUCUAUUUUGUGGAGUAAAAUGAUUCUCUUGGGUAGGAUACAUACAUCAUGGCUCGGCAGGAGGUUGUCUGUGGUGCUCUGAGCCUGAAAUGGAUAGCAUCUGACCAGGUCCGCCUCCUCGGGACUGUGUGUGGCCCCGGCCACCUCCUAGUUCCAAAGUCUCUUCUCUCCUGGCAGAUUUUAAGGGAAGACUGUGCCCUCUUGUGUCUCAUCCCUUCGCGUCCCCAGAAACAUCUGUAUAUGGCUUCCUACUUUCUACCACCAUAUCUCAUUAGUUUCAUACUGUUUUACUAAGCCUAAACAUAUUUAUUUGUUCAAAAGGAGACCAUUCUAUUUUUUAAAGUACUUAGUGAUAUACGUAUGAGCUUUGCAUGGAGGAACUAAAAUAAGCACAUGACCCUUUCUUGUACAUUCAGAACCUGAACAUCCAUGUGAAAACAUGAUCCAUUUUGGAGCGAUGUGAAACUACAGUUUAUUUGUAAUAAAUAAUUAU